CCAACGGGGGAGCCCAAUGCGGCUGCGCGCUGCGCCCUGAUUGGCCAGGCGCAGGGCAGGAGCGCGCGCGCAGGCGCCCAGCUCGGUUACUAAGGGCGGGAGCCCGGCGAGGGCGCCGGCUGCUUGCUGUGUCUCUGGAGGGCGUCGAGGCCCGACGACGCCAUGCCCAACCGCAGGGCCAGCCGCAAUGCCUACUAUUUCUUCGUGCAGGAGAAGAUUCCCGAACUGCGCCGGCGAGGCCUGCCGGUGGCCCGAGUGGCGGACGCCAUCCCCUACUGCUCGGCCGACUGGGCGCUCCUCAGGGAGGAUGAGAAGGAGAAGUACUCAGAAAUGGCUCGAGAAUGGAGAGCAGCCCAGGGAAAGGAUUCGGGGCCUUCAGAGAAGCAGAAAUUCAUAUCCACGCCACUGAGGAGACCAGGCAUGCUUGUACCAAAACCAAGUGUUUCUCCCCCUGAUAUGUCAAAUUUGUCUAUAAAAAGUGAUCAAGCUCUCCUUGGAGGCAUUUUUUAUUUUCUGAACAUUUUUAGCCAUGGUGAGCUACCUCCUCAUUGUGAACAGCGCUUCCUCCCUUGUGAAAUUGGCUGUGUUAAAUACUCCCUCCAGGAAGGUAUUAUAGCAGAUUUCCACAGCUUUAUCCAUCCAGGUGAAAUUCCACGAGGAUUUCGAUUCCAUUGCCAGGCUGCAAGUGAUUCUAGUCACAAGAUUCCUAUUUCAAACUUUGAAUUCGGGCAUGACCAAGCAACUGUGUUACAAAACCUUUAUAAAUUUAUCCAUCCAAACCCAGGGAACUGGCCACCUAUUUACUGCAAGUCUGAUGAUAGAGCCAGAGUCAACUGGUGUUUGAAGCGUAUGGAGCGGGCAUCAGAAAUCAGGCAAGAUCUAGAACUUCUUACUGUAGAGGACCUUGUAGUGGGAAUCUACCAGCAAAAAUUCCUCAAGGAGCCCUCUAAGACCUGGGUUAGAAGUCUCCUAGAUGUGGCCAUGUGGGACUAUUCUAGCAACACAAGGUGCAAGUGGCAUGAAGAAAAUGAUAUUCUCUUCUGUGCAUUAGCUGUUUGCAAGAAAAUCGCGUACUGCAUCAGUAAUUCUCUAGCCACUCUCUUUGGAAUCCAGCUCACUGGAGCUCAUGUACCACUACAAGACUAUGAGGCCAGCAAUAGUGUGACACCCAAAAUGGUUGUAUUGGAUGCAGGGCGUUACCAGAAGCUAAGAGUUGAGAGUCCAGGAUUCUGUCAUUUCAACUCUCACAAUCAGGAACAAAGAUCAAACACAUCCACUGGUUAUUACCCAUCUGGGGUGAAAAUUUCUGGCCCCAACAGCAGUGUUCGAGGAAGAGGGAUUACCCGCUUACUAGAGAGCAUCUCCAGCUCCUCCAACAACAUCCAUAGAUACUCCAACUGUGAGACCUCACUCUCACCUUACAUGCCCCCAAAAGAUGGGUACAAAUCUUUCUCUUCCUUUUCUUAAUGAUGGUACUUUUUGCAAUGUCUGGAAAAAUAACAAGCCCAACUUCCUUUCUGACUACAGUCAAUAUUAAACAAACAGAUCACAUCAACAGUAAAUGUCAUUCCUCUAAAAACUACAUAAUUUGUAAGGAAACUAUUUCAUAGAUUAAAAAUAAUUGUGGUUGGAAAAGA